AUGUCGCAGACGCGGACGUUUGUUUUCGUGACGAAUAUUCCCGACUUCUUGUUGGAGCCGCUCUCCGCUGCCGGCCCGAGCGGGACAACCCGCGCGCGUGCAAAUCGUGACCCGCGCUACGAGCGGCUGCGUGCUCUGCUGGCGGCGAACACGUCCGGCGUGAUGCUCGUCAUGCAUCUCGAGACCCGCGGCUACGCACUCGCUCUGUACGCCUCGGAGCAGGAGGCCCUCGCGGCAUGCAAGACAACCAUCACUCCGGAGCAGCCCGGCCACAAGCACCCGCCGCUGCUCCUGCGCAUCCUUCGGCGGGAGCGGCCGCUGCCGUCGGAGGCGGUGUACACCCCAACGCUCGCCGUGGAGGGUGACGUCGUGGAGAAGGCGGAACUGGCGGAUACGCGCGGUCUGGAGUUGGUGUACCGCGGCCGCGCGGUCGCCAAGUGGUGUCCGCACACCGUGGCGCAGGAGGAUUGCCCCUUUGGCACCGCCUGCUACCGCAUUCACAGACGCGCCUACCAGAAGACGGUGCUUAAGCGGGCCCGCGUGGAGGAGGCACUGAGUCAGAUGGCGCCGGAGGAGAGGGCGUUGGUAGACCGCAUCACAUGCAGCACACGCUGCGCCGAGGAGAACGUCGUUCCACCGGGGAUGGGGAUGGAAUUCUCGCUGCACGUGCCCCUCACCCGCGACGAGGCCGAGGCCCUUGUGGGUGGCGCGACUGGUGUGCCUCCGCCCGCGGCCGUGCUCUCGCGGGUGGAGGCCGCCUGCGCCGGACAUGCGGGGCCGUACUUUGUGAAGUUCGGCUUUCCCGGCGGGGCGCCGUGGGACUGGAGCUUGCACGACGAGGCGGAGGGUCUGCCGCAGCUGCGGCGACGUGUCCCUUUCCCGGCCAAUGGCGCCCCCACGCCACUCGAGCGCGACAUCUUUUGCCAAAAGUUACUGUACCACUUGAAUCAAAUGAACUGCUUUGACACCCCCGCCGCCGCCCUUCGUGCACUUGCGCAGAGCCCAAAGGUGCGGGAGGCACUGCGGUGCCAACUGAAGACUGCCGCAGGGCACGAGGGCGAAGCGGAGGAGGCGGGAGGGGGCGACGCGGCAGCGCUGGAGCUUUGCGUGCGCCCCUGGAUUUUUCUGCCCACCGCCGGCGUGGAGGUGGAUGUGCUUUUGGAAGAGGGGGGCGAGCGGGUGCGCGGGGUCGUGCAGCGCCACGGUUCGCUGCGCCUCAUGACAUGCUUCUCAUUCCUGCAAAAACACGAGAUGGACUUUUCACGCUACGCCGUCCUCGGCAGCGGCCACGACGUCGACGCGGAGGCCGCCUUGGAGGCGGAGAUGCGGCGUGUGGAGGCGGUUGUGAAGCGCGGCGUGGAAGGGCUGCGGCAGCAUCUGCGGCAGCGCAUGUCUCGCGAGGGGGACCUUCCGGCGCACGCCGCGUGGUGCUUCCGCCUCGCCGUGACCCCGACGGCGGCGGCGCCGUCACGGAUGGCGGCCUGCGAGGACGCCGCAGCGAUGCGGUGUGCGGUGCUCUCGAUGAGGCCGUACCGGGCGGCGCUGGAGGAGUUCGCCGCGCUGCAUGCCGCCCCCGCGCGGGGCGAGGCCGGGGGCGGCGGGGUCACGGACGUGGCGUGGAACACGAGGCGCCACACGUACGUUGCCCUCUUCCCCCGCGAGCUGCUGGCGCGGCUGAGGGCGUCGUAG